GGCCCGAAUGAACCGCCCAGCUCCUGUGGAGAUAACCUACAAGAACAUGAGAUAUUUCUUAUUACUCACAACCCCACCAAUGCAACCUUAAACAAAUUCAUAGAGGAACUUAAAAAGUAUGGUGUUACUACGGUGGUGAGAGUUUGUGAAGCUACUUAUGACACUGCUUUAGUGGAAAAAGAAGGAAUUCAGGUGCUGGACUGGCCUUUUGAUGACGGAGCCCCACCAUCCAGUCAGAUUGUAGAUGAUUGGCUAAACCUCCUUAAAGCUAAAUUCCGUGAAGAACCUGGCUGCUGUAUUGCUGUGCAUUGUGUUGCUGGACUUGGAAGAGCUCCAGUACUUGUCGCCCUUGCACUCAUUGAAUGUGGGAUGAAAUAUGAAGAUGCGGUUCAAUUUAUAAGACAAAAGCGCCGUGGUGCAUUUAAUAGCAAGCAGCUGCUCUAUCUGGAGAAGUAUCGUCCGAAGAUGCGGCUACGUUUUAAAGAUUCCAAUGGUCAUCGGAAUAACUGUUGCAUUCAGUAG